AUGGCGGCAAUGGAGCUUCCCCCACUCCCAGUGCCCAUUAGUGACUUCGUCAGCUAUGUCGACAAACACCCAAAGGUCCCGGCCGGCGUGGCUGAAGCCGUAAAACCGUUCAAGGCAUUCGAAAACAAACUGAGAGAAGUCUAUGCCCAGCAGCCCGAGCAUCCGGCUGCAGCUGCAAACCACUUGCUUCCCGUCUUCGAUAACGACAUCUUGGCUGUUAGAGCGAGAGAUCUUGCCAACGAGUCUCCGGCUGAACAGGACAAAUACCUGCUCGCCCUCCCAGAAGAGAUCCGCAGGAAGAAUGGUACACCCGCGACCGUUCAAUCCCUCAAAGACUUCAAGACAAACUUCAAUCUAUUCUCGGAGUCGGCCUUGGUCGACUUGGACUGGAGCAAUGUUGUCUGUGCCGGGUCCGCUGUGGUUACGUCUUUGCUGCCGGUUGAUGCCCCUCACAACGAAUCUAAGCGCGCGCUACGCACGUAUUACCACGAGGAUCUUGCUCCUGCCUCUGAUGUUGAUCUGUUCUUGUACGGUCUGAACGAAGAACAGGCCAUGGAGAAGGUCAAGCAGAUCGAAAGCAAGAUUCGUGACAGCAUCUUGGCCGAGACAACAACGGUGCGCACCAAGAAUGCCAUCACUAUCGUCAGUCAAUAUCCGAUUCGUCACGUUCAGAUUGUCCUUCGCCUGUACAAAAGCGUUUCGGAGAUCCUCACUGGAUUCGACGUUGAUUGUUCGUGCGUCGCUUACGAUGGCAAGCAAGUCUGGGCAUCCCCAAGAGCGCUGGCCGCCUUCAUGACCCAGAUGAAUACCAUUGACCUCAGCAGACGAUCGCCUUCAUACGAGAAUCGCUUGUCUAAGUACUCACGCCGUGGCUUCGAGGUCUACUGGCCUUUGCUUGAUCGCAGUCGAGUUGAUCCAACCAUUUUCGAGAGGUCUUUCUCAAGAGUGCUGGGACUGGCAAGACUGCUGGUUUUGGAGAAACUCCCGCACCCCAACGACAGAGACACCUAUCUCGCCAAGCGUCGAGCCGAGCGAGGUCGUCCACCAUUGCCUUGGAAUGCCCGGUUCCGCCACGAGCUGCCAGGCAAUGUCAAAGAUGCGCAACCUGAAGAUGUUGCUGAGUGGGUGGAAGAGGACGAGGUUUCCAAUUACCAUACUGUCACCAUCCCGUACGGUCCGAGGUACCAUGCCAAGAAAAUCGAGAAGCUCCUCUUCGUCAAGGAUUUGCUUCUCAACGCCGAAUGGAACAAGUCGAAGGACAGAGAAACGCAGCUGCACCGUCAUCCGGCGUUCUUUGGUUCUGCUAAUGAUGUCCUUCAUGACUGCUGUGGCUUUUGUCCCAAGCCUGUCACUGAUGAAGAUUUGGCAGCCUUCGAAGAGGAAAGCAAGAUUUACAUCUCUGGAAGUGUUACUUUCCUCAAAGACGACCCUGGCAGACAGGCCAUUGGGAGCUUCAAUCCUAUCACCGAUGACGACUGGACAGAGAUGGCGUACGUCGGCAACACUACUAGACUGUGUCAAGCAAUCGUCGAUCUUGAUCUCGACGCUGUCAGAGACUGGUUCUCUUCUCCGGAAGUGGUGGAUGUCAAUCGAAGAGACCACACCGGCCGUACGCCUUUGCAACUCGCUGUGAUGUGCUCGACUCCCGAGAUCGUCCAGUGUCUGAUUGAGCACGGCGCCCGCCUGGUAGCGCGAUUGUAUAACGGCAUGACCGCUCUGCACCUGGCUGCCUACCGUGGGCAAGUGCAAAUGGUGAAAGACAUUCUCGACAAGAGCGAGGCUAAUGAGGAAGCGGAAAACGCGAAGGAAGAUGCACGCAGAGAUGCACGAAGAAGUGCUGCUGUAGCAGAUACCUCCUCCUCCGAAGAUGGGAGCCAUGAGCAAGACUCCAGCGCGGACGACUCGUUUGAUUCUGCUGAGGAUUUCAACCAUGAAAACGAACCAGAUGAUGUGACUGAGGGUUCUUUCGUGAAAGUCAACGACAACGUCAGCCCCGAUGAGGAUGGUGGUGAGGACGAACCAGAUGUGUACGAUGUCGACGUUCUAGCUUGGGACAGCCCGCUUUCGCCGCUUCACCUCGCUAUCUUAGCUGGCCAUUUGGACGUCAUCGAGCUUCUGGUUGACAAAUAUGGCGCCGAUGUCCUCCUUCCGGUCAAGAUUGCGGACGAAUACAACCGAAAGCAGGCCAAGGCCGCGAUACUCAGCAUCACCUUGGCUCUGGAGCUGCCCCUUCAACAAGCAAACGAGACCGUGAGAGCCCUUCUUGGGCACGGAGCAACAUUUGUCCAGGCCGAUAUGAAACAUAUCUCCGCCCUCAACUAUGCUGUCAACAGUGCAAAGACACUCAUCCUGGAGACGAUGCGCUCUUCAGAUCCAUCACACUUCUCUAGCGCGUGCAACUUCAUCGCCAUCUCUGGAUGGUUGGACACCGCCAAGGUCAAUACUCCAUUGUUGACCGGUAUCCGGACUGGAAAGCCAGAGGUCGUCGACAAUCUUGUUCGUUGGGGAGCCAAAACGCAUAUUGACUUCGAAUCAUAUGCACAAGCCUACAGACGUAGUUUCGAUCGACCCUCAAAUGACCCUGAAAGAGUGAAGAAGACUUUUCAGAAGACCGUCGAACAGCCGAUCAUUGUUGCACUGCAACAUGACAUGGUGGAAUUCGUUGCUCAGCUUGUCGAGGCAGGCGAAGAUGUCAACACUUUGCCCACCAAAGCCUACAAGUACCUAGAGUACCAAUACGCAUCCUGGAAUUCAGCUGGAAAAUCUCUACUGGACCUUGUCGAAGACCGUAUCGCGUCUCUUCGUCAGUACUUGCAGCCCGCGGACGCGCACACACUGGCAAAGCCGGCAGCAUUAGACGAGGAUUCUGUCUACCUUGAUGGCUAUGAGGCAGGGUCUUACUCUUACUGGACCGCCUUCGAAGAUCUCCGUGCCGCCAAAUCACUUCAUCAAUACCAGACGAAGCAAUACGAGAAGGAGCUCAGUGCGAAGAAGCGAUCUUCGGAUGAGGCACGAAAGAAAGCCGCCAUUAACAACACGAUUGAAAAAUUAGUCAACCUCAAAUCGAAGCUUUGUGAACAGGGUGCCAAGUCAUUCUGGGAGCUUCAUCCAGAGGUGCGGAAAGAAGAGGAACCGCACCAUCUCCCUUACCGCCUUGGCUUCAACCACCACAGCACAGAACCCUACAAGACGAAGAUCUCUUUCAAAGUACCUGAUCUGACUCCGGAGAAGGAGGCCAAUUACAUUAAACUGUUCGAGGCUGCAUGGCAUGGGAACGUGGAAACACUGAAGUCACUCUGCCUCCACGGCGACCGCCCUCUUCAUAUCGCAGUCUAUGAUCUCCGUGGGUUCAGUCCCUUUGCGAUUGCAGCAAUCCGUGGUCAUUAUGAGCUGGCUCGAGUCAUCGUCGAAAUUGCCAAAGCACAAUAUCAACCGGACGACAAGUCGGUCCGAUACCAUUACCGUGUCUGCACCAAUGAAGAUGACAGCUGCAGCGAUGAAAGCAGUGAUGACGAACGUUCAGAAGGCAGUGACCACGUGAGACUUCACGCAGAAAUCGUUGAUGAAGCUUUCACAGUGAAGGACGUUGCGGCACUGGAGGCUACCACCGUCAAAUCCCGAGUUUCACCAUCCACCAUGGUCGCCUGGAAUUGUGAGGUUGCUCGUGCGUUGCGGGGAGAUGUUGACCAGCGCCAGGUCAAAGAUGUGUUUGGAGGUAACUUUGGAGACCAUCAUGUCUAUAUCGGUGACCAAUCCAAGCAGUCCUGGGCAUGGUUCAAUGCAGUGUUUGGAGCAACAGGCCAGGCGAUGCAGCGCUCUUUGGUCCGAUAUGCGAUCUUCACCGAUGAUAUGACUCUCCUGAAGUUCUUGAUCAAGAUUGGCAACGAGUUGGCAACCCAGAUCCCGGAUGGCAAAAACGACAGCCUGAAAGUCAUGCAGAUCAGCCAAGACGAUUUCGGCCUUGCAGUACGACUAGGUCGAGUCGAAAUGAUCGGUGAAAUCAUCAAGUCGACCGGCUUUGGGCUCCCCCUGCAGAAAGUUUUCCAGAAGUCUGGAAUCAAGCUGGAGGAAAAGCCCAAAUACUACCAGGGUCUCAGUGUGCGUGGCCGGAAACGCCAAGAUUGGGCGGAGGCAGGUCGAGGGGGACGGCGUUCCCGCCGUGUGGAGUCCGAUGUGGGAGUGCCUCUCCUUGCUGCUGCCAUCGAAGGCAACCCUGAUUCCACCGAGUUCUUCCUCACAGAUGCACCACUGCGCCGAUACCUCGAGUUCGCAGAGUCUCUCAAAGAUGAAAAGCGCAUACAAGCAUUGGCACAAGCGAAGGGCGGUAUCAAGGGCACCUUGAGUUCCUGGCUCUCGACGCGCAACCAACUGGUGCUGCAUGUUGGUGUUUUGUCGCCACCACAGAAGGAUGGAAGUCAACCCACUUUUGAUCUCCUCCUCGAGAAGAUGCCUGAUGCGUUGGAAGUCCGCGCAGGAGACGGCAAGACGCCGCUUCAUCUCGCGUUCGAAGUCCAGCGAUAUUAUGCGGCGAAGAAGUUGAUUGCAGCUGGAGCCAACCAAGCCACCAAAGAUCGCGUUGGACGCAACAUCAUGCACACCAUUCUCGACACCAUCCCGGUCGACAAGCCGGCGUUCCUCGGGUCCGUGAUCAAUAUGCUUGACAAAACAGUUGUCGUACCUUUACUACUGGAGCGGUGUAGCACCAUCGAAUCCACCGGCAACACACCUCUCGCAGUGUUCCUUGGUCGCAUCACCAGCCGUACUGGCUGGGAAGAGUCUCUCAAGCUUCUGCUGUCUCUCUCUGGGGGCAAAGACCUCGAGAAGAUGGACGGAGCAGGUGACUACCCAUUGCACACUGUAGUGCGCAAGAGCCACCGAGAGCUCGUUCGCUUCAUCGUCGAGUUCCGCCCAGGCCUGCUGCAUUGGGAAAACGCUACAGGCAUGACCGUGUCCGAUAUGGUGACCACAAGUUACUUGCGCCAUCAGAUCGAUCAUCCUCCGACGUUAAGCGAAUCAGAAAAGCGACACAUUGAAGAUAGACCAGCCAGUGACUUCAAGGACACCGCUGGCCCCAGCAACACCGAAGUUGAGAAUGAGGACGAAGACGACGAUGCCAGCGGCCGCAGCAACGAGUGGAAGAUGCGUCGCUUCAUCAACGCCCUUCUGGCCAAAUAUCCGGCGAAGCGCAAGCUUGUGGGCCUCCACGACGCCAACGAAGUCGCCAAGCGGUUGGCUUUGCAGCAGCAGAAGCAGAAUGAGGAGAAUCGUCGUCGUGAGAGACUGGGGUUAAAGGCUGCCGGGCUGAGACAUCAGUACCACUACGACAAUGGUGUGGCGGACACGACCGAAGACCCGCAGGACGAGGUGGCUGACUAUAUCUCUCGAGGUAAGGGCUUCAUCAAGUGGGAUGAGAUGGUCUGGCGGAAGACCGAGGCUGGAGAGACGACGGGUUCGGACGGGAGGGAGAUUGAGAGAGAGUAUGAUGCCGAUCUCCAGGACAGUAUGUGA